UCAGUGGCGUCUUUGUCAACAGUCAGGGAAUGAGUUCGACUAAGGAAAGCGUUCUUUCGGCUGCAAAGCAGUUUCUGAACUUUGUCAACAAGAGCCCAUCUCCCUACCACGUUGUCCAAGAAGUAAAGAAUAUUCUUGUAUCAGCUGGCUUCAAAGAACUGAGUGAAACAGAGCCAUGGUCAGUGAAACCUUUGGACAAGUGUUUUUUGACCCGAAAUCAUUCUACCAUCAUUGCGUUUGCUGUUGGUGGGAAAUUUAAGCCAGGGAAUGGGUUCAGUAUCAUCGGAGCUCACACUGACAGCCCUUGUUUGAAGGUGAAGCCCCGCUCUAAAGUUGAUAAGAGUGGGUUUCAGAUGGUAGGGGUGCAGUGUUACGGUGGGGGGAUCUGGCACACCUGGUUUGACCGGGACCUGACUCUGGCAGGUAGAGUCAUCACUAAGAAUGGAGAGAGACUGGAACACAGGUUGUUGAAUCUGGAGAAACCCAUCCUUAAGAUUCCUAACAUCUGCAUUCAUCUGAUGAGGGACCACAACGAAAAGUUCUCCCCCAAUAAAGAAACACACUUAUUGCCUGUAUUGGCAACAGCUGUUCAAGCAGAACUACAGGGUGUUCCAAAAAACUCUGAAGAAAACAAAAAAGAAGAGGGAUUUAAAUUAGAGAAAGAUAAACAUCAGCCCCUCUUGGUAAAGCUAAUAUGUGAUGCACUGAACAUUCAACCAGAGCAGAUGUUGGACUUUGAACUCUGUCUAGCAGACACCCAGCCUGGUGCUAUAGGUGGAGCAUUAGAUGAGUUUAUCUUUUCGCCCCGACUGGACAAUUUACUGAACGCAUACUGUGCUACAAGCGCUUUGGCAGAAUCUUGUGAUGAUGGAAGUCUGGCAUCAGACACCAAUAUAAGGCUGAUUUGUCUAUUUGAUAAUGAGGAGGUGGGUUCUGAGAGUGCCCAGGGGGCUGCCUCCACCCUACAGGAACUGGUCCUCCGUCGACUUAGUGCUGGAGGGACAAGCACUGCUUUUGAGGAGUCCAUUCCCAAGUCCUACAUGGUCAGUGCAGACCAAGCUCAUGCAGUUCACCCUAACUACCCGGAAAAACAUGAGGACAAUCACAAGAUUGGAUUACACAAAGGAGUUGCCAUUAAGUUCAAUGCCAACCAGAGAUAUGCCACAACAGCAAUGACUGCCUCCAUCUUAAGGGAGAUAGCUAGGCUAGGACAGUGUCCACUACAGGAAAUAGUAGUGAGGAAUGACUCGGCCUGUGGAUCAACUAUUGGACCUAUCAUGUCUGCCAAGCUAGGAAUGCCAACCAUUGAUGUGGGAGCUCCUCAGCUCAGCAUGCACUCCAUCAGAGAAAUGUGCUGUACAAGCAGUGUCCUACAGACCAGUCAGCUGUUCAAGGCAUUCUUUGAGCACUAUCCAAGUGUGUUUAGAUCCAUGAAAUGAAAUUUUCUUGGCAAUUCUGGGAUAUGUGAAGCCUUCUGUGAUGUGAUAUUGUUCCAUGUUCUAUAUUCAGGGUUGAGACCACGAUCUCAUUUUAUAUUCAAGAUUGUAUUGUCUUAUAUUUAUAUCCACUGAAAAUUUUCUUCUUUGAUCAAUCAUGAAAUAUAAUUUAGUCAAUGAUGCACUGGAACUUUGUGCUAAAUGUUGUGGAUUUAACAUCAAGUGAAAUACAGUGUUAGAAAUAUAAAGGUUAAAUAAAGCCCUGUGUACAUUGAACUGGUAUUUCUUAAUGAUGUGGUACAAUGAAACCUACAAUAUAAUGAGGAUUGAGUAUGUCUUUAUUUCAAUUCAGAAAAGUAAUUUAUUUUUUUAUUUACACAUAUUUUCUUCCUAGCAUAAUUUUUGGCAAUUUUUACCUUGUAAAACAUGAGAAAAAUAACUUUAAAUUCAGUAUUGUGAUAUCAGAUAAUUUUUUUUGUAUUCUUUAUGUGAUCAAAUGAAGUAUGAUCAUGAUUUUAAAAACUUAUUUACUGAAAUACUGUUGUAAAACAAGUACCGGUGUUUUUAUAAUUUCAAACGUGGACACCGAUCAAGGCUUAUUUUUGUAUUAUGGUCAUUCAAGUCUUUAAAUAAAUCAAUGAACAUCCACAA